AUUGACAAUCUUUGCAAAAGAGUUUGGGUGGGCGCAGACGAGACAAGGAGGAACCUACAAGUCGUCCAGUUGGCAGAGUGACGAAGUUGUCUUCGGAAACUUGAAGGCUCACAACAAAAGCUGCGAUGACUUCGACGAAUAUGUUUCAAGGGUUGGAAGGAUCAAAACCGAGCUCAAGGGUGCUGCGGCCUCCCGGUGGUGGGUCGAGUAAUCUGUUUGGUGGCUAUGAAGAGGAAGCCCCACAACCUAGAAGAUCCAAUAAGAUGGCCUCUAAUGUGUUUUCUUCGCCAGAGGAGCCCCAGAAAUCCCAAAGGCGCUCCAACCCUCCAGGUGGAAAGAGCAGUGGAAUUUUUGGGGAACCUGAGCCUCCAGUCCAACCACAGAGACCCAUUCCUCCAGGUGGACCAAGCAGUAACAUAUUUGGGUCUGGGGAUUGUGCGGAUGUCCAAAGCCGAAGUCACCCAAAUAAACCAAAGGACAAUCUAUCUGUAGCAUCUGAACCUGAAACACCAGCAAUUGAGGCCAAAGUCAGCCAGCCUCCUGAGGCCAAGGGUAUUCAGGCUGAGGUUGAGGAGCAAAUUGCCUCACCAGCCAUUGUGCCAGCUAAGGAAGAGCCUCCUAUUGAGCCAGCUGCCCCCGAGCCUGCUUCCGCCACGACCUGCUCCACGUCCGCUCCACCUCCCGAAGACCUAAAGAACCAUGAGCCUCACCUAGGACCCAAGCCUCGCUCUCACAACAGGGUCCUCAACCCCCCUGGAGGAAAGUCCAGUGUCGUGUUCUACUGAUAUGAUGAACUCACCCCGUCUCCCGGUGUGGGUCUACCCUGUACACGUUUUGGCCGCCUCCCACUAACCUAUCUUCAUUCCAACACUCAGCACCCCCUUGGUUGUCUCAAAUGGUCUGAUCUGUUGUUCUUCAAAGCAAACACGGACUGAUCUAGUUGCACUUUUAGCCCCUCAGCUGUUUUCCCCCCAUCAUCUCAACUCUUAGACCUGCUUCAUACAAUCACCCCCUGAUCAAUCAAAAAUAGCUACCACUGAAAAACGGUUCCUUUUCCAUACUGUUUUUUUUUUUUUUUAGAUACCAG